AUGUGCAUGUGCGUGCCUGCGCACCCAGCGCUGUUCUCCCACGCCUUACCGGCUCUCCUUCCGCUGGCAAUCGAGCCGGCCCCUCGCACAUCCCGGUUGCUGCUGAGCAGAAGGCUCCGCGCCUCGCCCGGACUUCCUCCCCCUCGCUGCACCGCAGCUUCUUUCGGGAGCGAUUAUCUGCCUCCCCAUCGCCCCUUCCCCUUUCCCGCCCCGACACGGGCCCGCUGGCGCGCCCCGGGACAGCCGGAGCAGCCGCGGGCUCGCAGCGCCCCCCGGCGUGAGCGCCCCGUGGGCAGCGGGAGCCGCGGGGGCGCCGAGCGGCGCGGCGGGGCUGCGGGCCGGCCCGAGGGAGGGAGCGAGCCCUGCGCGGCUCCGGGGCUGACCCUGCGGAGCGGCGGGAGGCGCGGGGCCGGCCCUGCCCGCGUCCCGCCCGUGCUGCCGCCGGCGUGUCCUCCAAACUCAGCGUGUUCUGCUCCAAAUCACAGCCAGGUCUCUCCCCCUGGACGAGGCGCCCGGCUUUCCCUCGAGGGGACGCAUCGCGGCCCUUCUUAG